UGGUAUUUGUAAGCAACAUGGCGUACUGGUGAUUCAGAGACUGGUUAAAUUUUUAAUUUGAGUACAUGGUGUAGAUCGUCUACGGGAAGUCAAAGUGUAAGGAUAUCACCUUCGACCUUAGGAGUAACUGGUUUAUGCUGGAGAACGAAGUCAUCCGUGCACGACGUGGAGAAAGAAAGAAAUACGCGAACCCUAACAGGGUGCGUGUAUCGGCAAGAGCAAAAUAAACGAAAUUUAAGGAUUUCACGUUGAGGUAUUCGAAUUUUUAAGUAAUUUCCAGCGUUUAGGAUUAUAUUGAAGCACAUCUCAACGGAGAUGAGUUCCGCACCGUUUGAGGAUUCUAAAACGCCGUUGAAGUCUGAGGAAGAGAAUUUAGCACAUCACAAGGCGGUGCAACAAGAUGUUAAGGAUGCGAUUGAGACGUUGACCCUACCAAAAACUAAUGAUGAUGUUCAGCGAGCUAUUGAUGGACUGAAGGAUAUUCCUGAUGAAGAUUUGCAGGAGUUCCUUGAUGAUGAAGACUUCAUGAAGGGUUUAGAUGUAGUUGAUGCGUGGGAAGGUGAAGAAGAUCGACAUCAAGUUACUACCAAGCAGAGCAACAGUCGUGCUAAGAACCGCGAGCACAGAAAAACAUCUAGGGAUCGUAAUCGACGUGAUCACAGAAGCUCCAACAACCGGGACAAGGAGAAAAUCAAACGAGAAGAGAAGAAGUUGGACGAAGUACGUCGGGACCCUUCCAAAAGUACGAAGGACAUCGAGAAGGAUAAGAUGCGUACGAAGAAGGAUUCCGAGAGCAAGAUCCUUGCCGAAAAGGAGAAGGCGAUCAAGCAUCUACUGGACUCGGAAAACGUAGUGCCACCAGGAACCGAAGCAGAGGCUAUUCAGAACAUAGCCGACAAGCAGAAUCUUGAACGUACAAAUCCUCGUGUUGCAAGAAACAAAGAACGACGUAGAAGUACCGAACGUCACAAAGUGAGCCCAUACCGACGGAAAAGCUCCGAUAGGAUUAGAAUAAGUCCUCAUCGUCGACGAACUCCCGGAGUAUUCAGUCCGGACCGUCGAAGAAGUCCCUUAAAGAUAAGUUCCGAACGACGUAGGAGCCCUAUUAGAAUAAGUACCGAAAAACGACGAAGUCCUUUGAAGUUGAACACUGAUCAUCGCACUUCUCACAGAAGCCCCCUUCUCAUAAGUCCAGAUCGACGUAGAAGCCCACGUAAACAUAGUCCGGAUCGUUUAAGAAGAUUGAGUUGGGAACGGAGAACUAGUACAGAUAGAAGAUGGAGCUCUGAGCGACGUAGAAGAUGCGGAGAUGCGAAUGAACGCGACUUAAAGCUUUCGAGCCGAAGGAGCCGAUCCCGUGAUCGACAUAGGAGCCGGAGCACCGACCGUCAUAGAAGUCGUUACAGUCGUUCACCAGGAGGUCAUCGAUUCAGUCCAAGGCGUAGAAGUCACAGUCAUAACAGAUCACCGGAUCGCCGUAGAAAACGAUCACCGUUCAUCAAUGAAAUAACAAGACAGUUUGGGAACGAAGGAAUUAUACCACCAGGACAGAUGAACCCUGGAUUCAUGCAACCACCGAUGCCAGGACUUCCAACACUAAUAGGUGCUCCAGUGUAUUCUGAUCAAGAUCCAGGACGACCACCAUAUAUGCAUCAUCCAGGACCACCAGGAAUGCCUAUACAAGGUGGUCAUCCAAACUUCAUGUCCUUCGAACAGCAUCCACCAGGACCUAUGCUCUUCGACCCAAUGCCUAUAUUGCAACCUCCGCAGCCUGAUUAUGCUGCUGGACCUGUGAUGUAUAACCAACCAACUCCUGGGCCCAUGCAGCCUAUGCUUCGUCCAUCUCUACUUCCACUACCUGUACCUUCACCGCAGCCAGUACCUCCUCCAGGAUCCGGAGAUCAGCCGAAUAUGGUCUUUAAUCAGCAUUGCAUGCCGACUCUUCAACAACCACCAGGUUUUCAACCUUUAGAAGCCAGUAGACAUUCGAACAGCCCUCCACGUUCUUCCACGUCUCACAACUACAAGGAUCCCAGAUCUACUGCACCUUACAAUGGAUUGCGAACGUCUCAGGAUCGUUUAAAAACUCCUGAACCACCAGUUAUCUCUAACAGCAAACCAUUCGAAAAAACCAGCUUGUCCAGCCUCCUGGAAGCAUCUGUUUCGGCGAAAGAUUCGACUGGUGUACCGGUCUUAUAUCCAGGAUUCAAGCCAGAAAUUCUGCGACAUUGUGAAAAUGCUCUACGUGACCUGCCCAGUGAAGAUCCACGGUUGAAGAUGAAGGGUAGAUUCUUCUUCGACCCAAAACAGGAUGAUCAGCAGAGUGACCAAGAGGAGCAUGCGUCGAACUCUAUUCUGCUGCGCAGAGGGAGGAACAAGAUUUAUUGGGACGAGGAAGAGGAACUACAGCAUGCCUACAGCAAGAAAGUCGGUCAUCAAAUGCAUCAGAAGAUAUGUCAAACAGAAGAUGUGGAAACUGGGACCAAGUUUGUUCAAGCGACUGUCACAAUGGUGGAUUUUGGUGUUCAAGUAUAUCCAUACGAUUUGCAUCAACCUGUACAGGAGGAGAAACGACCAAUCAUGGACCGUCUUGAUUGGAACACGCGUGAAACAUUUGAUUAUACACCAAAGAUCCGUGAGGCUGAUGAUUUGAGAUGGAGUCUGAGUAACUCCUCACAGAAAAGACCCUGGACCAGAAAUUCUUCUCCAUCUGGAAGGUCCAACGAUCGUGAUAUCAGUCCUAUGGAUAAUCCAGUCUGCUCCUCUGAUCAUGGUUCUAGGAGUAUGGGUUCACCUGUCAGAGGCAGAGAUCAUUUCUUAACUCACAGAGGUUCACGUCAUGAUCAUUACUCACGUGACAGCUUUACAACGUACAGACGUUCAAUGGAAGAUCAUGAUGAUUUUCAUGAGAGUAGAAGUGAGCACAGUCGUGGUGAAAGUCCAAUGGCUAUGGAUGAUUCUGGCGAGGAAAUUGAAUUGGAACAGGAUGGAUAUCAGAGAGGAUCAGAUUGGCGUGGCAGAGGAUUUGUAUCACGUGGCAAACAAAAUAUGUACAAGGCGCGUGGAAAUCCACGUGGGAAAUAUUUAGGAGGACGAUCACCCUUUCGGGGUAGUCGUGGUGGUUUUCGUGGUAAAUUCUAGAACAAAGAGAUAGAGAGAGAGAGACAAUUUGCCAUCUAUCUAUUCGUACGGUAUUCCAUUCAACUUUGACCUGCCACGAGGAGGUACCCAGAAUUUAAUACAGAUAUAUAAAUGAUACCACGAUACAGUAAAAAACUGUUAUCUAUUUGUUCACCACUAAGAGGAAAGCCAGUAACUUAAUUCAUGGCAAAUACGAAUGACCUUUUUCUCGGGCUUGUAUAAAUCCCGAGAUGAGGUAAUGUGCUUGUAAUACAGUAUCAUUAUUGAUAUCUGUGGAAAAUGAUUUGAUGCGAAUUAUUCGCCGAAUAGAAAUCAGGCGAAUGAUUAUUACCUUAAUAUGACAAUAACGUCACGCACGUGCAGUAACAGAAUGACUAUCCAGUGAACCCUUCUCGACUUACACGGAUAAUCCAAUGAGGUUCAAGUGAAUUUCGAUCUGACGAUAAAUGCUAAAAAUCAUUCUAACGAUAAACAAAGAAGCCAUAAGCAUGACAGUAAUGUAAACUUAUUCUUUGUAAAUAUACCUAUAACCAUAACCGUUAUAUGGUGCCGUACGAGGAGCCACGUGCACUCUGGUGUAAUAAAAAUGAAAAAUUAAAUUUAAAAAAAAUGAAUUAUAAUCGAGUAAGGACGGUGAAAGUUUCUAAAGAUCAGUGCUACGUGUAUACAUAUGUAUACUAACGUAAACGAACUUCAUUGAACUUCAUAUCGAGCGCCAUUGGAAGAUGGCAAUACUUAUCUAUCAAUAUAAGUGUGAUAAAAUUUCACAUGUUAAGUCAUUUGCUAUAAAUAGAUAUGGUUCCGCGUUGUCACUCAAUAUAUUAUGCACCACGCAAUAUGUAUUAUAUUCUGUAAAAUAAAUGCUGACCUGUCAAGUCGGCGACUUUUUUUUUUACCAAUUAUUUGCAUGUACCGGGUAAAAUAUAUUUAACAUUGCAAAGUGCCAGUUUUACGUGCAAAAUAUAAAAAAAUCGUAUGGGGUCUUAUAAUAUAACAUGUACAGUCUUAUUGUAUGUGAGUACAGUCUUAUUAUUUUCUUGUGCAAAUCUUUUUGAUUCUCCCUUACCACUUGAAGAUGCUUCCGUAAAAAAUAAAUGAGCGCAUUGCCAUCAG